AUGGCGGAUCAAAAUGAUGUGGACCUGGAUUCCAUCAUCGAUAGGCUGCUCGAAGUGAGAGGAAGUCGACCCGGGAAGCAGGUCCAGCUUCUUGAAGCAGAGAUACGUCACCUGUGCCAGAAGGCCCGCGAGAUCUUCAUCUCCCAGCCCAUACUGUUGGAACUGGAAGCCCCGAUCAAGAUCUGUGGUGAUAUCCAUGGCCAGUAUUACGACCUUCUCCGCCUCUUUGAAUAUGGGGGAUUCCCACCCGAAGCAAAUUACCUCUUCCUUGGGGACUACGUCGACCGAGGCAAACAAUCUCUUGAAACCAUUUGCUUGCUUCUCGCGUACAAGAUCAAGUAUCCAGAGAACUUCUUCAUCCUGCGUGGGAACCACGAGUGUGCAUCGAUCAACCGCAUAUAUGGAUUCUACGAUGAAUGCAAGAGGAGGUAUAACAUCAAGCUGUGGAAGACGUUCACCGAUUGCUUCAACUGCUUGCCGAUUGCAGCAAUUAUCGAUGAGAAAAUAUUCACGAUGCAUGGGGGACUGAGCCCUGAUCUGAAUUCCAUGGAACAGAUCCGUCGUGUGAUGCGACCUACAGAUAUCCCCGACUGCGGCCUGUUGUGCGACUUGCUGUGGUCAGAUCCUGACAAAGAUAUCACUGGGUGGAGCGAAAACGACCGCGGGGUCUCAUUCACCUUCGGGCCUGAUGUCGUUUCUCGAUUUCUACAGAAGCAUGACAUGGACCUUAUCUGCCGCGCGCAUCAGGUCGUUGAGGACGGAUACGAAUUUUUUUCGAAAAGGCAGCUAGUCACGCUAUUCAGCGCGCCCAAUUACUGUGGAGAAUUCGAUAAUGCAGGCGCUAUGAUGAGCGUGGACGAGAGCUUGUUGUGUUCGUUCCAGAUCUUAAAGCCAGCGGAGAAGAAAACAAAGUACGUCUACGGUGGCAUGAGCACUGGCCGGCCUGUAACUCCUCCAAGGAAGCAAAAGAAGAAGUAA